CACAAGAGCCACAAACAACAACUCAUGCAGUGAGAAGUGAAGCUUGGCACGGCCACUCGCCAGAGACCUAACGUACAAACAAUAAUAGAGCGCUAGCGGCCAGGACAGAGCAAAAUAGGCCGGCACACCAAGACACAGCCGAGAGAGAUCACCACAAGCUCCUCAUCUUAAUUCCGCGCCAUGAUGAGCACGGGCACGGACACUACGGCCGAUGCCGUCCCGGUGGCCGUGGCGCCGGCGAAGCGCCCUCCCAUCAACAAGUACGCCUUCGCCUGCGCGCUCCUCGCCUCCAUGAACUCCGUCCUCCUCGGAUAUGACAUCUCGGUGAUGAGCGGCGCUCAGCUGUUCAUGAAGGAGGACCUGAAGAUCACGGACACGCAGAUCGAGAUACUGGCCGGCGUCAUCAACAUCUACUCGCUGUUCGGCUCGCUGGCGGCGGGGCUGACGUCGGACUGGCUGGGCCGGCGGUACACCAUGGUCCUCGCGGCCGCCAUCUUCUUCACGGGCGCGCUCCUCAUGGGCCUGGCCCCGAACUACGCCUUCCUCAUGGCCGGCCGCUUCGUGGCCGGCAUCGGCGUCGGCUACGCGCUCAUGAUCGCGCCCGUGUACACGGCCGAGGUCGCGCCAACCUCCGCCAGGGGCUUCCUCACCUCCUUCCCCGAGGUCUUCAACAACUUCGGCAUCCUCCUCGGCUACGUCUCCAACUUCGCCUUCGCGCGCCUCCCCGUGCACCUCAGCUGGCGCGCCAUGUUCCUCGUCGGCGCCGUGCCGCCCAUCUUCCUCGGCUUCGCCGUGCUCGCCAUGCCCGAGUCCCCGAGGUGGCUCGUCAUGCGCGGCCGCAUCGACGACGCGCGGUACGUGCUCCAGAGGACCUCUGACUCCCCCGAGGAGGCCGAGGAGCGGCUGCUGGACAUCAAGAGAGUCGUGGGCAUCCCGGCGGACGCGACCGAUGCCGACGACGUCGUGGCCAUCGUGCGCGCCAACGAGGCCGCGCGCGGGCAAGGCGUGUGGAAGGAGCUGCUGAUCAACCCGAGCCGGCCGGUCCGGCGCAUGCUGGUGGCAGGGCUCGGGCUCAUGUUCAUCCAGCAGGCCACGGGCGUGGACUGCGUGGUGAUGUACAGCCCGCGGGUGUUCGAGCAGGCCGGCAUCAAGUCCAAGACAAACUCCCUGGGCGCGUCCAUGGCCGUCGGCGUCUGCAAGACCUUCUUCAUCCCGAUCUCCACGCUGCUGCUCGACCGCGUCGGGCGGCGGCCGCUGCUUCUUGCCAGCGGCGGCGGCAUGGCCAUCUUCCUCUUCACGCUGGCCACGUCCCUGCUCAUGAUGGACCGGCGCCCGGAGUCGGAGUCGAAAGCCCUGGGCGCCGUGAGCAUCGCGGCCAUGCUCUCCUUCGUGGCGUCGUUCGCGUCCGGGCUCGGCCCCGUGGCGUGGGUCUACUGCUCCGAGAUCUACCCGCUGCGGCUCCGGGCGCAGGCCGCCGCCAUCGGCACGGGGCUCAACAGGCUCAUGAGCGGGGCGACCACCAUGUCUUUCCUCUCGCUCUCACACACGAUCACCAUUGCCGGGAGCUUCUACCUCUACGCCUGCGUCGCGACCGCCGGCUGGGUGUUCAUGUACUUCUUCCUGCCGGAGACCAUGGGCAAGAGCCUCGAGGACACCGGGAAGCUCUUCGGCAAGGACACGGACGACGACGUCGACGGCGGCGCCGUCGUGGCCGUGCGCCAUGAGCGCAAGAAGUCUACUGAGCUCGUCGCUCAACAGUGACAGUGUGUGAGCUGCUAGCUAUGCACGUCCGUACUCCGUACACAUGUCGUCCUUGGUGUGGUCCAAAGCUUAUAUUCGGCGAAUCUCUAGAUUCCGGACACGUUGCUUAGAUUUCCAAGCUUUUUAGGCUUCCGUGCACAACGGUUGUUGUUGGUCUUUGUGCUCUUGGCCAACAUGUAGGGACACCCAGCAGCGCUUUACGGGCAGAAAGAUCAGCUGAUUUUCCACAGACGUGACGAACCGACGUAGAAAGGCUCCGGUGAGCCGGUGUGGCCCGUGACGGAUCUUUUUCACCCAUGUCGUGCACGAUUCGCACUAUAUCACAGCUGAUUUUCCACAGCCUGGUGUUAUGCUUUGGCGCAGUGAUUCUGUACGAGUGUAUGAGUAAGUAGCAUAUCUAGCGAUGUACAUGCGUGUGUGUAUUAUAUGACUGAGUCCGAGUGCACAUGUGUACUUUUGUGUCAUUCAUUGAUCAUUUACAUGAUUUUUGUCUGUUUGUUUUUGAAAA